AUGACUCGCUUAGGCCACUGCUUGUGUGACACGGGGACCACCACUCGGUGCCUGACUGGUCUCCGGGGCCACAGGUACCGGCUCUGCCCCUCCAGAUCCACGGACAAGGAGCUCGGAUUGGCGGUUUGGUGGUACCGGCGGCUGCGUGGCCGUUUCAACGGUCGUCUCCCUCCUGAGAGGAUCCGAGCGGGCGCCAGGCCAGGGUGGGCCGCGCGGCAGGAGAAAGCCAGGGAGACUGACAGGAACUCGGGAAGUCUUUGCCGUGCAGAGCUUUGGCCUUGCAGCUGGGAGACUCACGGGACCUUCUCCGCCUUGGAGGUGGAGCAGGGCCUGCCAUCCUGUCCCAGCACCAUGAGCUCCAACAGCUCCCCGGAGGAGAACCCUGAGGGAGAUGCAGGGAGAACAGGGCGGAAGCCCACGGACAAAGAUUUGGCUUCUUUCCAGGUCUCAGAGCCUCUCAACCAGCUUUCCUGUGUCACCGAAGGCAGACCAAGCACCAUGUGGAUGACACUGAGGAUUCUGAUGAAGAAUGGACACCUCGGCAGAAAGGGAAUGUCCAGGGCACUGUUAAGUAAUGAAUCUAGUUUGAAGAAAUUGCCCGGAACAACAGAUUUACUGAACACAAGUGACUCAGAGAAGGCCCAGAAACGAGUGUCCCCUCCUGCAGAAGCAAGUACCUCCAGAUGGCACUCUAGACAAAAAUUGGAACUCGAGAGAAAGGAGAUUGAAAUGAAGGUGUACAGCCUGCGAGAAAGAAAGGGUCGGUCAUACAAAGAGGUCGAUGAGCCUCAGGAUGAUGACUACCUGUAUUGUGAGAAAUGCCAGGACUUCUUCAUCGACAGCUGUGCGGCUCAUGGACCCCCUACAUUUGUAAAGGACAGUGCAGUGGACAAGGGGCAUCCCAACUACUCAGCCCUCACUUUGCCCUCUGGGCUGAGAAUUGGGCCAUCGGGCAUCCCUGAGGCCGGGCUUGGAGUAUGGAAUGAGGCAUCCGAUCUGCCAUUGGAUCUGCACUUUGGCCCCUUUGAGGGCCAGAUCACAGAAGAUGAAGAGGCAGCCAACAGUGGCUACUCCUGGAUGAUCACCAAGGGGAGAAACCGCUAUGAGUAUGUGGAUGGAAAGGACAAAUCUCGGGCCAACUGGAUGAGGUAUGUGAACUGUGCCCGGGAUGAUGAGGAGCAGAACCUGGUGGCCUUUCAAUACCACGGGCAGAUCUUCUAUCGAACUUGCCAGGUCAUCAGGCCGGGCUGUGAACUGCUGGUCUGGUACGGAGAUGAAUACGGCCAGGAGCUGGGUAUCAAGCGGGACAGCAAGUGGAAGAAAGAGCUCACAGCAGGGAGAGGUGGGCACCACUAUUAUUCUUUAAAUAGAACAGAAGAGAAAGAAUUCUCCUUGGGAAUU